CUAUGUUUUACAAUUUCAGGCGGUGAACACGCCAAUAUGUAGGAGAUUCCUCGAUAUGGAGGAUGGGUGUCACAGUCGCAAGCCUAUCCAAAUGGGCGCGAAGAAAGAAAAGAGAAUUCAAUGUCCAGCGAAUUACACAUCGAUAGGUACGAUCCAAAGCCACAGCGUUGGAAUACUAUGAAGGUACGGUGGUAUUGUCUUCGUCAUGCAAGAACUGCCGUGUCAUUGUCUAAAGUGCAUUCUGCUCCAUCAACUCCUCAAAAAGCAAUCCAACACGCCUCUAUAAUUGUCCUUCCCGGAAUCCCUUUCGACACAGCAACAAUCACCAACGCAAGAAAGUACGUUUUCCCUUCACACUUGUCCAGAUUUGCUUCAGUCGUUUUCGGCUGCAGGUCAGUCAGGGCUUGUCCGGUGGCUCUGGGUAGCUUAAUGCGAUGUGUUAACUUACUCAUCUACCUGCUUGUACUGUCUUCGACAAGCAGUUAUUGGGGCAUGAUAAUCAGGCGGGACUCGGUGGUGGGUUGGGAGGGAAAGGCCGAGGCGAAGGUGGAUCGUGCACGGAAAAGUUGCUGAAUAUGACGUUCUUCCAGCUAUUCUGGAUCAGGAGCUGAAUAUGGUCUGACGGAACACCGGCCAUUUUUCUUAUGUUGCUCGGUAAGAGUAGAGGAAGCAAAAGAUAUGCUUAUUUUCGUCUGGCAAGCCGGCUAACAUGCGCAUUAAAUACCCCAGU